AUGAAGACUCACCGACCUGGUGCAGAAAGAUGCUGUGCUGGAGAUAAUUAUAUACGAGAACAGUUCAAGCCUAGAGCAACACGGAAUCUAGAGAAAGAAAAGAGACAACUACAAAAUCUUCUUUCUACUGAUCAAAAGGAUGUUGGGCCAACUCACUCCCAAAGAGACUCCACAGAGAGAAGAGAGCAACAGAUAGACCGAUUCCAAGAUGUUCUGGAUGAGAUUGAGGAGAGGAAGCAGUUUUUAGAGGACAUGAUAGCACUGGGAAAAGGUCACCAAUACCAAUACCUCAUCAACACAAGAGUUUCUAACAGAAAAUCUGAACUUGAAGACAUCGACAGGAAACGCAGUGAAGAACUAGCACACAAAAAAGGGACAAAGCAAAGUGAGGGAUAG